GAAACGGAGCUACACACAAAUGUUAAUCACUACACUUUCGAGUUCGAACUAAAGAAAACACAGUAAAGAAAGAAGAAGAAAAAAAAAAGAUGGUUUCGUCAGUUUCGUGGGUGAGAGGCAAGUGCGUCGGUAAGGGCGCGUUUGGGGUUGUCAACGUGGCGGUUUCGAAAAGAGAUAAUCGCGUUUUCGCGGUGAAGUCCGUGGAUUGCGGAAGGGGGCUUUCUGGUCAGGUGGAGGCGUUGGAGAACGAGAUUGGGAUUCUGAAACGAGUUACCUCGCCGCACGUGGUGGCUUAUAUCGGCGACGAUGUCACGUGCGAGGGAACGGCGUCGUUCAGGAACCUUCAUUUGGAGUACAUGCCAGGUGGCACCGUCGCUGAUUUGGACCGCGCUGACGUGGACGAGCGGUUAGUGAGGCGCUACGCGUGGUGCCUCGCAACCGCGCUGCGUGACGUCCACGCGCAAGGCUUCGUCCACUGCGACGUGAAAGGGAGGAACGUGCUUCUCUCCGGCGACGGCGAAAUGGCGAAGCUCGCCGACUUCGGCGCGGCGGUGGAAAUUGAAUCCUCUCCGGCGAUGUUGCUGUUGCCGCGGGGGAGUCCGAUGUGGAUGGCGCCCGAGGUGGUGCGCCGGGAGCGGCAGGGGCCGGAGUCCGACGUGUGGUCGCUCGGAUGCACGGUGAUCGAGAUUGCCAUCGGGAAACCGGCGUGGGAGGACCGCGGCGUCGACACGCUGAGUCGAAUCGGUUACUCGGACGAGUUGCCGGAAUUUCCAAUCCAGUUGUCGGAGCUAGGGAAGGAUUUUCUCGAGAAGUGUCUUAGAAGAGAACCGAGUGAACGGUGGAGUUGCGAUCAGUUGCUUCAGCAUCCAUAUUUGCUUCCCUACUACGCCCUUGUUGAAUCGUCGCCUCGGUGCGUUCUCGACCGGGUUGACUCGGAGUUGAACUCCGAGUCAGAUUAUAACGACCGUGAUCAUCAAGAAGAGGUGUUUUCAAUAUUUACUAACAUCGAAGAAAAUUCAGUUAUUAAAAAUAGAAUAAGUAAAUUAGCGACAGAGUCGAGGGUAAAUUGGGAAACACAUGGUUGGGUAGUGGUGAGGGAAGUUGAGUCCAACGGAGAACCAACGACAACGGGAACAGAGGAAGAAGGAGCGUGUACGUGUGAGCGUGAUGGUGUUGGUUCCAACAAAGAAGGGGUAAAUUGGGAAUUUCACAAUGUGGCAGAGACUGGUAUGGUAUAUUCGGAUUCUGUAGGGGCAAAUCGGGGAAUAAGAAAGUUUGGUGGGAGUAACACCGCUGGAGGGGGUGUUGGUUGUUGCUGUCGGUAUGGGUGUGGAUGGGAAAAGUUGGGUAGGAAUAGAGGAAUAAUCAGCAUUUACAGCUUGUAUUGUAAAAAUUUCAUGUCGUAUAAUUUAAUAUUCUUAAUGUAUAUCAAUAUAUUAUGCUUUUCGAUUAUUUAUGUUGUUUACCUUUUACUGCACGUGACUGAAAAGAUUAGGGAUGUGAAAAAAUUAAUUGGAAAGGAAAGGUGUUUGCAAUUGAGAGCCAGAAGGUAGAGUGAACAAUAUUCCAGCUUUGAGAUGGGUUGGAACCUUAGGGAUGGGACAAUUAAUUGGGUGGAUUGUACAAUAAAUUGAUGAUUGGGUGGUGUGA